AUGUGCUAUUCUUCUUCCGGACAAUGUCACUUUACAGCGGUGCACCAUUCUGAACCCAAUCGACACUUUUACCAAUACCCAGCCCGGGGGGGGGUUGAGGAACACACCGUGGACACCCACGACUGUUUCGAACUGAUGCAACAAGAAACUGCUCACCUCCCUACCGUUAGUGCCACUGCCUUGGACAACCCGGACAUCACAUUAUUUGUGGACGGCUCACGGUUCUCAGAUGAUUCUGGGAAGUUUCAUACUGGAUAUGCCGUCACCACCACUGACUCUGUCCUUGAAGCACGACCUCUUCCAGCCUCGUGUUCAGCUCAGGAAGCGGAACUAAAAGCCCUAACAGCCGCGUGUAAACUUGCCGCAGGGAAAAAAGCAAAUAUUUUCUCUGAUUCCAGAUAUGCUCAGGGCGUGGUUUUAGACUUUGGGACUAUUUGGAAGAUUCGAGGGUUCUUAACUGCAACAGGGUCGCCCAUCAAGAAUAGCCAAUCCGUCGCUGAUCUUAUGGACGCAUUGACUCUCCCUAAACAAGUUGCAGUGUUGAAAGUAAAAGCUCGCGGCAGGCUCACUUCACCCGAGGCUAUUGGAAACCAUCUAGCUGAUACAACUGCUAAGGAAAUUGCUGUCACCCCUUUGGCCGAUCCACCGGCUAUUGCUAUGUCCGCACCUUUACUUCAAGUCACAUUCUUGGACAGUAUUGACAAACUCAAACUCUGCCAAACUUCGGCUCCCACUGACGAGAUCAACGGCUGGCUCAGCAAAGGCGCGACUUUCAAGGACGGCUUAUAUUCCUGCAACAAAAAAACAUGCAUUCCCAGAAACCUUUAUCCAUCUCUAGUUCAAUGGGCUCAUGGCCCUACACAUGUUUCUAAGAAUCUGAUGAAUAACCUGAUCUCUAAGCUUUAUUUUGCUCCAGGAAUCACUUCCCUCACCCGGAAUUACACCGCAGCCUGCGCCAUCUGUGCCAAGUGUAACCCAGGACGUCUGGAAAAACCCCCUGUUUUGCAUCUAGCUAAACCCCAGUAUCCUUUUCAGCGCAUACAAAUAGAUCAUAUACAGAUGCCCAGAUGCGGGAGAUUCGAUUAUGUCUUAGUCAUCGUCGAUAUGUUCUCAGGGUGGCCAGAAGCUCUCCCGGUGGCUAAUAUGACUGCAAAAACCACCGCAAAAAAAUUACUCUCUGAGAUUGUUUGCCGAUAUGGGGUUCCUGAAGUGAUCGAAAGCGAUCAGGGUCCAGCGUUCACGGCAUCUGUCACUAAGGACAUAUGGACAGCACUAGGAGUCACCCUUCAUUUCCACACACCUUAUCACCCCCAAAGUAGUGGCAAGGUCGAACGUAUGAAUGGUACUCUCAAAACUAAAAUGUUAAAAAUGUCCCAGGACUCGGAUCCUACUUCUGUGGAAGGUUCGCACUCAUUAGUUCCAGGUGAUUGGGUUCUUGUCAAGAAAUUUCUGCAUAAAUCCUCACUCGAGCCACGAUUUGACGGUCCGUUCCAAGUCCUGCUGACUACAGCCACCUCUGUGAAAUUGGACGGAAAAAACACCUGGAUCCACGCAUCCCAUUGCAAAUAAUCUGUUCCACCUGCCUCCACUCCAGCUCAGGACCUUCAGUCUACUCCUCCAGACUCCAUCUCACCUGUACCACCAUGAAUUUUUUAUAUAUCCUUUUCUUGGUCUGUGGGGGGGGAGGGCAUUUGUUCAGGUCUCCUGGCCAUGUGGCCAUAACUAAAGAUGCUUUGGGUGUUAGUACUUUUUGGUUUAACUCCUCCAGCACAAACAUUGCAACUUUCACUUUCUCGCCUUU